UGAAAGCAAAGGAGCUUGUCGAUGGUGAAGAACAGGAGUUAUUCCUGAGAAGGAUAUAAGAUUUCGUUAUCAUUGUUUUUGCUACAAUGAUUCGAACAAUUGUGUUUGCAUAUAUUGCCAUAACUGCAUUAUGUUGGCAGUUUGAGUUAACAAGUUCACGUACCUCAACUCUAUGGAAACUAGACAGCGGCAAAAUAAAAACUGGACGAGAAGAUUCCACAAGAUAUUUAGAAAGCAGUAAUGAUAUUAUUAGUAAACCAUUUGCAAAUGAUAUUUUUACAAGCACAUACCCACAUGAUGAAAUCUUUUACAUAAUUGCAACAACCCUAAUUAAUGACAACACCGGUUGGGUGCGCCUAUCACCUGAAACAGGUCUAGAGUCGUUGAUGACUUUAAAAUCUCAAAAUAAAAAUAUUAGAAACGAUAGUCUACAAGCUGAUAAUAAGACUGCUUCAGUUACUGAAAGAGCACUAGAAUUAGAGAAAAUUUUAGACUGUGGCAAACCCGUAAAUUUUACAUAUUAUGAUUAUUUAAAUGGUGUAGCACAACGACAGAAUCAUCCAACAUCGCCAGAAGCAGAGGUUGCUUAUUUGUUUCUGAAAUCGAAGGAUGAAAAUUCGUUUAAGAACUUCGAUAUCACCGUUUUAGAACGAAAACUGAAACGUGCCAAACGCGAAAAGCCACGCUCAGUUCAAUUAUAUAAUCAAAUUGGCAACUACUGGCGGAUUGUUGGUAAUGCUCGUAUAGCAAUAGAAUGUUUUCGUCGAGCUCUAGCAAUGGCACCAAACAAUUCAGAAGUGCUAUUAAACUUAGCGCGAUUAUUAUACAACUUACAGUAUUUGGAUGAUGCUAUACAUUUAACAAGGAGAUCUUUAGAUGUCAAACCACUUGAUCAAUCUGGUUGGGAACAAUAUUUUACGCUGGGUGAAAUAUUUAGGGCGUAUGGACAUUUCCAAGAAUCGCUUUUACAUUUUCGUCACGCCCUACAACUAAAUCCUCACCAUGAGCCUAUACUUAUAGCAUUACGUGAAAUAGAGAAUCAUCCUGAUUUACAGCUAAAUAUAUAUACAGUUAUAAUAAUAAUCGCACUGAUUCUUGCAGUGCUUGCAGUUAUCUUUUCUCCAGCUUUGUUUGGCGAAAGCUGCAAUACACAACUUAGUAAUGGAAACGAAUAUGAGCCAAAAACUCUUAGACAUUUUAAUCGCGCAAUGGCAAUGCGUUCGUUAAAGGGUCUACCAUCCUCACGUAAUAUAAGAUAUAGAAGAUCUUAGACGAUGACACAAAAACAGAAAUUUUUUAACCAACUCUAUUUCAAUAUGUAGCCAUAUUUAAAAAUUAUAUACAUAACUAUGUAUUAAUUAAAUUUUGGUUUGUUAACCGUAUUCAUUUUCAUAUAUGUAUGUGGACAAUUUUUAAAUUAAUUUAUUUUAAAUAUGUAUUUAAAGUACUUAAAUAUUCCGUUUCUGUGAUGUUUUCAG